AUGGAGGAGGCAUACCGUACAGGAAGAGGAUCGAUAGUGGUGCGGGGGAGGGCGUAUGUGGAGGAGCUGGGCGGAGGAGGAGCAGGGAGCAGAGGCAACCGGAUUGGCAUUGUCAUCACAGAGUUGCCAUACCAGACAAACAAGGCCGCCCUGGUGGAGAAGAUGGCAGAGUUGGUGAACAGCAAGGUGGUGGAGGGGGUGAGUGACAUCCGCGACGAGAGCGACCGCGAGGGCAUGCGCGUGGUGGUGGAGGUGAAGCGAGGGGCGACGCCCAUGGCUGUGCUGGCUUCCCUGUACAAACACACUCAGCUGCAGUCGCGCUUCAACUGCAACCUGGUGGGCCUGGUCAAUGGAGAGCCCAAGGAGAUGACUCUCAGAGACUUCUUCCAGGUUUUUCUGGACUUUCGCUGCCAGGUCAUCGAGCGCCGAACCAAAUUCCAGCUUCGGAAAGCCGAGGACCGGGAGCACUACGUGCAGGGUCUGCUGAUUGGUCUAGGAAGCCUGGAUCGAAUGGUGGAUAUCCUCAAAGCGGCUGCCACUCCCGCUGAUGCUGCUGCUACCCUCCAGCACGCCCUCGGCCUAUCCCCCAUACAGGCUGAUGCUCUUCUGGGUACACCACUCCGGCGCCUCACGUCCCUUGAAGUGUCGAAGCUGGAGGAGGAGCAUGCCCGCUUAAAGGCGGACAUAGCAGACCUGCAAGGUCUGCUUGCCAGCAGGAAGAGAAUUCUACAAACGGUCAAGAGAGAGGCUCAGGCCCUCAAGGACGAGUUUGGCGGGCCGAGGAGGACGAGAAUCGAGGCGGACGGCACUGCAGGGGACUUGGAUCCUUCUGAUGUUAUCCCCAAUGACACCGUGCUGCUGAACUUGAGUGAGCGGGGGUACGUGAAACGCAUGGCAGCAGACACGUUCUCGGCACAGAAGAGAGGCACAGCGGGCAAGUCAGGCGGCAAGCUCAAGGCGGACGAUGCCAUGGCGCGGUUUGUGGUAUGCCGCACCCAUGACACCGUGCUCUUCUUCAGUGACCGGGGAGUGGCAUACACCAUGAAGGGUUAUCAGAUCCCCGAGGGCUCUCGCACGGCCAUAGGCUCUCCCAUAUCCCAGAUCGUGCCUCUGCAGGACUCAGAGCGCAUCACAUCGAUGCUGCCGGUGGGCGAUUUUUCAGAAGACGCGUAUCUCGUCAUGAUGACGCGAGGGGGCUUCAUCAAGCGCACUGCUCUGCAUGCGUUCAGUGACACGCGGAAGAGCGGCCUCAUUGCCAUUCAGCUGGGCGAUGGCGAUGAGCUGGCGUGGGUGCGGAGAGCGACAGCUGGCGACUCCCUAUUGGUUGGCUCGCAGUUUGGCAACAUCGUUCGCUUCGCGUGCGACGACGACCAGCUGAGGCAGAGUGGGCGCACGGCGAGGGGAGUGAAGGCCAUGCGCCUGAGGGAGGGGGACAUCGUCGCUGCCUUGGAGAUCGUGCCAGCUGUCGCUUCCGAGUCCAAGGACGGGGGCCCGUGGGUAGUCAUGGCCACUCGCAACGGGAUGGGCAAGCGUGUUCCCACGAACCUGUUCGCCAACCAGAAGAGGGGCGGCGUGGGAGUGAAAGGCAUUAAGCUGGGCGAGGGGGAUGCACUGGUGGUGCUGCGCCUGGUGGGGGAGGGCACCGGUGACAGAGAUGCUUCUGACACUGUAAACGGCGAGCUCUUAGUGGGCAGCGACGGGGGAAUCAUCAACCGGCUGCGAGUGCGAGACAUCCCCAUUCUCUCCCGCACCACGCGGGGUUGUCGCCUCAUGCGCAUCGCUCCUGGUGACAGCCUGGCAUCGCUGUCGCUGGUGCCGGGUGCUGCAGAGGGAGGUUUAGAUGAGGAGGAUGGGGUGCCGUUAGUAGUGCCUGAAGGGGGGGUGAGUGACGAGGAGGGAGGGGAGAGUGAGGAGGGAGGGGAGAGUGAGGAGGGAGGGGAGAGUGAGGAGAAGGUGGAGGAAGGGAGCAGGGUGAAGGCGAAGGUGGUGCGGUAG